UCCAGUUCGAAAUGGUUUUGAUAAUCGUCACCUUUUUGCUGGUACUGCUGGUGCUGCUCUAUAAAUAUGCCAUGGAUCCAUAUAGGACCUUUGAAGAGCGUGGCGUGGCGUAUAGCAAACCGAAACCCUUUCUGGGGAACUUAAAUGUGCGCGUUUUACUGGGACGAAAAUCCUUUCUAAAGAAUAUUAUCGAACAGAAUAUCGCGUUGAGGCAUCACAAGAUCUACGGUUUUUACAAUCUGCGCGAACCAUUCUUUAUAUUACAUGAUGCGGAGCUGAUCAAACGUGUGGGCAUCCAGGACUUUGAGCAUUUCAUCAAUCAUCGCCCAAUGAUACCCGAAACGGGUGAAACAAUCUUCUCGAAAAGUCUGAACGGACUGAAGGACGAUAAGUGGAGGGAAAUGCGUAAUACGCUAACUCCAUCCUUUACGGGCAGCAAAUUGAAGGCAAUGUUCGAGCUGAUCAACGAGUGCAGUAUAGAGGGUGUGCGUUAUAUAGAAGCCGAGCUACUUAAGGCCAACAAGAGAGAGAUCGACCUGGAAAUGAAGGAUUAUUUUGGAAGAUUUGCCAACGAUGUUAUUGCAUCCGCUUCGUUUGGCAUCAAGGUCAAUUCGUUUGUGGAUAAAAAUAAUCAAUUCUAUACGCUAGCUAACUCCGUGAUGCAUUUCUCGUUUCUAUCCAUAAUCAAGGUUAUACUAUAUGGCAUUAUGCCGAGGGUUAUGAAGGCCUUGCGCGUCAAACUUUUUAAUGGCAAGAAAAUCGAUUACUUUUGUAGUCUCGUUUUCGAUACCAUGAAAUAUCGCAAGGAACAUAAUAUAAUACGACCCGAUAUGAUCCAUUUGCUUAUGGAGGCCAAGCGGCAAUAUCAACAGAAUGAAACCCUGAACAGCUCAACUAAGCACGCGGAGUUCAACGAUGAGGAUCUGUUGGCGCAGUGUUUGUUGAUCUUCCUCGUGGGCUUCGAGGUGAUGUCGGCCAGCCUCUGCUUUCUCACCUAUGAGCUUUGUCGCAAUCCGGACGUACAAGCGAAACUGUAUGAGGAGAUCUCAGCCGUGGAACAGGAGCUGCAGGGUAAACCGCUCAGCUACAAUAUGUUGUCCAAGAUGAAGUAUAUGGAUUUGGUUAUAUGCGAAGCGCUGCGUAUGUGGCCGCCGGCGUUCAGCUUGGAUCGGAUGUGCGGCAAAGAUAUCGAUAUGUACGACGAGAAUCGGGAACUGUUGGCCAAGUUUCGCAAGGGCGACAUUAUUCAAAUACCGAUUAUAGCUCUGCAGCGCGAUCCACAUAAUUUCCCAGAGCCAGAAGUCUUCAAGCCCGAACGCUUUUUGGAUGAGAACAGGGCGAACAUAAAACCCUUUACGUAUUUACCUUUCGGUGUGGGACCGCGCAGUUGCAUAGAUAAAAGUAAAAUGUUUUUGAUUAUCUGCACACUCGGGAUCGUAUUGUGCGCAUUACUCUACAAAUGGUCGGUGGCCAAGUACCAGACGUUCGAGCAGCGGGGCAUACCCCACGAGAAGCCCACUCCGCUGCUGGGUAAUAUGCGCUUCAAGGAACUAUUCGGCCUAUCUCCACAUUUGGUCAGGCAAAUCGAACAGUAUCAACAAUUCAAAGACUCCAAAGUCUAUGGCGCUUACUUUCUACGUGAUCCGAUAUUUGUGUUGCGCGAUCUGGAACUGAUCAAGAGUGUCGGCGUUAAGCAGUUCGAUCAUUUCGUCAAUCAUUCGGGAUCCGAGCAGUUUCAGACGCUGCUGUCGAAGAGUCUGGUGCAGUUGAAAGAUCGCGAAUGGCGCGAUAUGCGUAAUAUAUUAACGCCCACAUUCACGGGCAUCAAAAUGCGUGCGAUGUACGAUCUGAUUAAUGCCUGCAGUGAGGUGGGCGUGGCCUAUAUUGAAGAUCAACUGAAGAGCGCCAAUGGCAAUGGCAUCGAGCUGGAGAUGAAGGAUUAUUUCACACGCUUCACCAACGAUGUCAUCGCCUCCGCUGCCUUUGGCAUCAAGGUCAACUCGUUCGAGGAGCAGAAGAACAAAUUCUUUCAGCUCGGACAAAGUGUUACCACAAUUACCGCAGCUACUAUGCUGAAGGCGUUGCUGUUUACUUUUAUGCCCAAGUUGAUGAAGUCCCUAGGCUUAAGUAUUCUAGACGAAAAGAUGAUCAAUUACUUUAGAUCUCUGGUAUUUGAUGCCAUUAAAUUUCGUGAAAAGAAUUCUAUAAUAAGACCCGAUAUGAUACACUUGCUAAUGGAAGCACAGCGCAAGGUUAAUGAGUCGGAGGAGUCGAAUAAAAAAUUCACAGAUGAUGAUUUGUUGGCCCAAUGUUUGCUCUUCUUCUUUGCGGGCUUUGAGACGGUGUCCACCUGCCUGUGCUUCGUCACCUAUGAGCUGUGCAUGAAUCCGACGGUGCAACAGCAGCUCUAUGAAGAGAUUUUGGAUGUGGAGCAACAGCUGCAGGGAAAACCCCUCGAUUACGAUAGUCUAAUGCAUAUGAAGUAUAUGGAUAUGGUCGUAUCGGAAGCAUUGCGCAAAUGGCCGCCUGCACCACAAACAGAUCGUGCUUGCAACGCAGAUAUCGAUUUACGUGAUGAGAACAAUGAGAUUGUCGUCUCACUGAAAAAGGGUGACCGUAUAUUUAUACCCAUUGUGGGCUUGCACUACGAUCCAGAGUAUUUUCCCGAGCCCAAAGAGUUUCGACCGGAACGUUUUGCCGAGCAAAAUAAAGAAGAUAUUAAGCCAUUUACAUAUAUGCCAUUUGGUGUCGGGCCGCGCAGUUGCAUAGGCAAUCGCAUGGCUCUAAUGGAGGUCAAAUCAAUCAUAUAUCAUCAGCUGCUCAAGUUCGAAUUGUUGCCGUGUAAAAAAACGACUUUAGAUAUGAUGAACAACAUCAUGGGAUUCCAGAUGGCGCCCAAGGAUAAAUUUUGGCUUAAAUAUGUGGCCAGAAAGAAUGAAACAGCUAACUGAAUGCGAUAUGAAAUUGAUGAAUUAAAAGUAUGCUUUAAUUACUAAAUUAGUUUCGUUAAUUUAAAUUUUGCAGCACAACAAUUUCUUCUUAGGCAAAUAGUUGCUGCAGUUUUAGCUAAUUAAUCAUUUUCCAUUCUAAUUAAAAGUUUAUUUAGCGCCGCACGUUGAAUGCAUUUCAUUAAUCAGCGAACAGGAAAUUACACUAAAUACUCUCUCGUGCUUUAUUUAAUGGAAUUUGUUGUUGUUCUAAUUAAUGCAAAUGCAUCAAAGCAAAAGUUUUGAUACGCAACUAAUCGAAACUGAAGUGCGCAGCUUCCGUUUAUUGAAUUGAUUCUUCAGCUGAAUAAAAG